UGAUGCAAUUUUUAUUUACCCAAAUUUUUGAUUAAUUCUGUUUUAUAUUUUAAAUAAUUAAAUUUUCUAGAUUUCAAUAAUUUUAAAAUUUUAUAAAUAAUUGUAUUUAGCUACGUAUAUGUAUAAUAUAUAAACUAUAUAUAUUAUAUAUGUACAUAAGUUAUUUUUUAAAUUUUUAUUUUAAUUAAUAAUAAGUUAAAUAAUAUUAAAUUUGUAUAAAAAUCUAAACGAUUACGCAUGUAAUUUACUGACUCACUUAUGAGUCACUUUUUAAAUAUGACUUGUGGAUUUUAAUUUUUUAUUUUGUUUUGAUUAAAAAAAUAAUAGUGAUAAAUGCAUAUAAUAAUAAGAUAUCACAAAAAAUUAUUAUAUAUAUUUUAAAUAUUGUAAAGAAGGUUAGAUAAUUAAUAUUUGAAGAACAUUAUAAAAUCUUAUUAAAAAUUUUAUUUAUACUAUUAAAUCUAAAAUAUUUUAAACAUCGAAACUAUAAAUAAUAAAUGAAAAAUAUUUCAUUAAAAAAAUAAUAUUACCAAUUUGUAUAUUAUUUAUCAAAACAAUUAUUUGUAAAUAAAAAUGGGUCAGUUUCUUGACAGUAAUAGACACAUGACUACUCGCGUAAUGUUUGAUGAAAAAAGCGAAAACGGAUUAAUUGUUGGUGGCAAAUACUUACCAGAAGAAUUAUUAGCAGAAAUUUUUUGUUAUGUAGAUUAUAACUCUUUGUUAAAUUGUCAAUUAGUGUGUAAACUUUGGAAAAAUUUAAUUCAAACUUAUGUUUGGCGUAAAAAAGCUGAAAUUAUUUUCGGUCGAUCACUCCUUUUUGAUAAGGAGGUUUCUUGGCAUACAUAUUAUCUUAUGUGUAAAAAGAAACCUUUUGAAAGGAAUUUGAUAAAAAAUCAUUCUGGAGAAUACGGAACGCAAAAAUGGAAAAUUCUUGAUGAAGGUGGUGAUCGUUGGAAAGUAGAAAAUCCUCCAAUAGGAGUUUCACCUUUGCCAAAUAAUGAAGCUAUUUUUAAAGGAAAUCAAUUUUGUUUUGUUACUUCUUAUAGAAGAUGCACUAAAGCACAAGUAAUUGAUCUAGAAAUUGAAGGAUUGACAUCAUAUGUUUUAGACAAUUUACAACCUUUAAUAGUGGUAAGUGAAUGGUAUAGUUGUCGUUGGGAUUGUCCAGCUAUCUAUGAAUGUAAAAUCAAAUUAUUAGGAGAAGACAAUAAAAUCAUUGAUUCUUUUGAAUUCCAUGAUAGUAUUGAAGAAGAAAAACAGAAUGAGUGGCAUCAGAUAUUACAUGAAUUUAAGAACUAUGGACCUGGACUUAGAAGAAUUUGUUUUUGUCAUGGCGGUACUGAUAAAUUAUUUUGGGCAGGACAUUAUGGCAGCAAAAUGGCAGGUGCCUGUGUAUGUGUAAAAAUUCCCAUAGUUCAAUUUCGCAACAGUGAAGAAAUUAAUAUAUUAUCCAAUAAAAAUUAUAAUGCAAAACAUAUUUCAAAAAAAAAAUAAGCUAUAUUUUUAUUGAAAAUAUGAAUAAUAUUCACACAAGUUAAUAUUCACAAAAAUAUUUUGAAUAUAUUAUUUAAAGUAUAAUAUAUAAUAUUCAUAUAUUUUAA